AUGUGGUUAAAGACUGCCCGCGCCUGCGCGAACCGCCCGCCGCUCCGCUGCCCGCCGCACGCCAGCCGCCGCGACUCCCGCACGCCAGCUGCUACCGAACUCCUCACCUACCACACGCACGCCGCUCGCCGCGAAGCACUCCCCAAUCCCUUCCCCUUCCCUUCCCCCACCCCCAUCGGCGAUGCCCUGAUCCGCGACCGCCGCCGUCCAACCCCAACCUCUGUGUGUGACCGCUCCGUGGUGGCGCAGGCGCUGGAGGACCGCAUAUUUCACGCGCUCGCCGUGCUCUACCGCAUCUCACUGUUCUUCACCCUCCUGGCCCUGUGGUUCUGCAUCUCUGUGCCACUCACACUUAUUGGAGGCUUGCUAGGCACACGUGCUGCAAGCAUCGACUACCCUGUCCGAACCAACCAGAUCCCACGAGAGAUCCCUGAGCGCAAGUUCCCCCCAUGGUUGCUUGUGCUCGGUGCGGGAACAUUGCCAUUUGGUACUCUCUUCAUUGAGCUCUUCUUCAUCCUUUCCAGCAUUUGGUUGGGAAGGUUCUACUAUGUCUUUGGCUUCCUGUUCAUUGUCCUCUUCCUGCUGGUCAUAGUCUGUGGUGAGGUUUCUCUGGUCCUCACCUACAUGCACCUUUGCGUGGAGGACUGGAAAUGGUGGUGGAAGGCCUUCUUUGCUUCUGGCUCUGUCGCAUUCUAUGUGUUCCUCUACUCUAUUAACUACCUGGUGUUCGAUCUCAGGAGCCUGAGUGGACCAGUUUCUGCCACACUCUACCUUGGCUAUUCCCUGAUCAUGGCCCUUGCAAUCAUGCUCUCCACUGGCGCCAUUGGUUUCCUGCUCUCCUUCUACUUCGUCCACUACCUCUUCUCGUCUGUUAAGAUUGAUUAGAGGUGCCCCGCUGCCUCUUUCUGCAAUAGAGUCAUCUGAUCAUGGUAAUAGUUACCCUCUUAGAAAUACUACACAAUAAAUCAAAUGGAAAAAUGGAUACAUGGCAACGCCCAUGGCUUUUGGUCAUGAUUAAUUCAAUCAUUUAGCGCAGCACAGUCACUCAAGUUGAAACUUAAUUCUUAGGAAUGAUUGUAAGUUCUUCAGCUAUGUUUAUUGCACUUUGUAAUACCAUUCAGUUUUGCUUGCUCUGGGCAUUUGUGAGCAGCCUUUGGUUUUGGAACACGUGAGAUCUAUUCAAUAUGAAAAUGAAGCUAUUCAUUUACAGUUCGUUACUAUUCUGGGAAGGUUAUAUUGUAACAUGGUUGCCACAUUAGCUGCGAUGCUCGCUGUUCGUUAAUAGUAACACCAAUACGGCUGAUUCUUUUACGAAGUGAAAUCUUGCUGACUAUUUAGUCAAUUGAUAUACAUGCUACUGAAAUAGUCAAA